CAUCACUUUGUGUUCAUUUUGCAUCUCUUUGUGAUUGUUUUGCAUCACUUUCUGGUUGUUUAGACCACUUUGUGGUCGUUUUGCGUUAGUUUGUCAUCAUUUAAUGGUAAUUUUGCAACCCUUUGUGGUGGUUUUACGUCUUUUUGUGGUGGUUUUGCAUCACUUUGUGGUCAUUUUGUGGUUGUUUUGUAUCAGGUGUGGAUAAUCAGAUUCUGCGCCACCCCUCUGUCCCUGGUAAUUACACCCCUUUCAAUAUUAACUCCAUCCGUGGACAUUUUGCCAUUUCUUUUAUGACCGGUAAAAAAAAAGCUACAGUAAACGACAUUUAAUGAGCCUCGUAUUUACUACUCUCACCGUGGAACCUGAACGCCGCACUGUGGGGGGGAGGGUGAACCAGUUAAAUCCCUCCCCGGACAACACGCACGCACCUUGACUGCUUGUAAACAGAAGCUCACACGUGACACCGAGAGCCGAGCCGCGCGACCGCAUUGUCUGUGAACGGACAAAGAGCGACACAGUCAGCGCGAGCAUCGGGCAGGUGUCAUGACAACCGACGUUAUCUGCCCCACGAUGAGGCCGACUUUCCCCCUUCGUUUACACCGCUGUGUCCGCUGAACUUCUUCAUGUCUGAAUCCCAAAUCCGACCGUUAGGAGGGAUAAAGACGUUAGCUGCGUUUUCACCAGCUCGCGCGCAGCUGGCAGCGAGUAAACAAAGCUGGAAAGCCUUUGUUUCACCUUUUAAUUUAGCUAGUCGGUUCGUUCGCUUCAGCUACGCCAAAUCUUACUUUUCUAGCUGGCGUCUAACGUUAGCUACCCUUAGCUAGCAGUAGCCUUUAGCCUCGACAUUAGAAGAGAUUUUUUUCCCUCUCUGACUAACGUUAAUCUACUUGUCUUUUUUCACUGGCUGGAUGAGAUGUCAUUCACGAUGGAGGAUAACUUGGAGUCCGGAUGGGUCUCCGUCCGACCCAGAGUCUUCGACGAAAAAGAAAAGCAUAAAUUCGUCUUCAUCGUGGCCUGGAACGACAUCGAGGGAAAGUUCGCCAUAACCUGCCACAACAGAACCGUACAGAGACGGACCACUUUUCUGGACCCGUUCCUCGACGGCACCCCAGCCGGUUUUUUUGCUGCCCCCGGUGCCUCCGUGGCAGAAAAACGCACAAAAAGUCCUGUCACGACGAAGAAAGAUGAAGUCUGCCAAGCGGGUAAAGUUAGACCACACUCUGUCCCCAAGGGGAAACCCACCACGAAGACUGUUGUUGGAGACAAGAAGGCUUUAAAAGCCGGUAGUUCAAAAACAUCCGAGUGUAUCAGUCACACAUUAGGGUCCUGGGAUAUUGUGACACCGAAGGUAAUCGAUAUCGAGAUCCUGGACCUCGUGGAUGCCCCGCUCUCUCCGGAUGAUGCAGACCCGGAGGACAGUGAGAGCAGCGGGCGUGAGGACUUCAGCUGGGCCGGACUGUUCUCCUUCCAGGACCUGAGGGCAGCCCACCUCCAGCUCUGCGCCGUCAACUCGGACCUAGAGCCGUGUUUACCCUCGUUCCCUGAGGAGCAGUCCGGCGUGUGGACGGUGCUUUUCGGCGCCUCCGGGGUGUCGCAGCGGGAGACGGACGCCCUGUGCUACCAGCUGCAGGUGUACCUGGGUCAUGCCCUGGACACCUGCGGCUGGAAGAUCCUCUCACAGGUGCUUUUCUCCGAGGACGACGACACGGAGGAGUACUACGAGAGCCUGAGUGAGCUGAGGCAGAAGGGCUAUGAAGAUGCUCUGGAGAGGUCCAAAAGACGCAUGCAAGAGGUGUUGGACAGACACAAAGCCAUGGACAGCAUGGUGGAGCUGCUGCAGGUGUACCCCGAGGAGGACGAAGCGUAUGGAGAGCUGCUGGAGGCAACAACUCAGCUCUACCACUACCUGCUUCAGCCUUUCAGGGACAUGAGGGAAUUGGCAAUGUUGCGCCGACAGCAGAUUAAGAUCUCACUAGAGACGGAGCGCCUGGGUCCUCGUCGUGUGGAGGGCCUGAGGAAAGAGGAUGAGGAGUGGCAGAAGAAGGCUCACGCUGCUGUUCUCUCCAUACAGGACCUGACUGUCAAGUUCUUUGAAACCACGACUCGGGCACAGAAAGCUUUGUAUGAGCGGAUGCGUGCUGACCAGAGGAAGUUUGGCAAGUCAGCGUGGGCAGCAGCAGUUGAACGUAUGGAGCGGCUGCAGUACGCCUUUUCCAAAGAAACUCUGCAGCUGAUGAGGGCCAAGGAAAUCUGCCUGGAACAGAGGAAACAUGGCUUGAAGGAGGAGAUGCAGUGUCUGCAAGGUGGGGAGGAUGCCAUGCUGCGUCUGAACCAGCUGGAGGAGCUGUACUACGAGCUGCAGCUGCAGCUGUAUGAUAUUCAGGCAGAGGUGCUGCGCUGUGAGGAGCUGCUGCUCACUGCCCAGCUGCAAAGUCUACGGAGACAAAUGACGGAGCGUCAGGAUGAGGUGGUGUACUACGAUGCCUUUGAGAGCCCUGAUGCCAUGAAGGGUGAGGAAGAUCCUGCAACCCCUCCGUCCCCGCUCAGAGAUGAAGAACUCAGCGUCCUACAGCAGAGGACACGGCAGCUUGAGGCCCGCAGGGGGCGCAUCACUGCCAAGAAAGUCUACCUCAAAAACAAGAAGGAAAUCUGUAUUGUCAAUCACAACCAGAAGAUACAACAGCGACAAGGUAGCCAUGCUGACAGCAGUUCCCUGCAGACACUGCAACAGGGAGGAGACGCUGAGGAAGAUGAAGCCAAGAGCAAUGCCAGAGUGAGUCAGGAGAGGCAGAGGACUCUGGACAGACUUCGCAGCCUCAAACAGCGUUAUCCAGGCCAGGUGACUGUGAAGUCCAGCCGGCUGCGUCUGAGUCAGACUCACAUCCGGAGGAGAGGAGGACAGCAGCCCAACACUCAGGCGGCCGGCGUUCAGACCGACUACAUCUCAGAUCUCCCAGAACUCUCUGCUCCUCCUCCACCUGACGCCUGCGGCUGCGACAGUGUGUCUUUACCCACAGUUGAACUCGAAAGUCUCGACUCUUCACCUCCCUUCCUCUCACUGCCUCCCCUCUCAGCCUCCCCAUCUGUUCUUUCACUGGGUCCUCCUCCCCCUCCUCCCCCACCUCCCCCGCCUCCUCCACCACCUCCUCCCUCAGAGGACCAGCAGCAGGGCGAGGGGAGGGGGAUGAAUCCCUCAGACAGCCCAGUGAGGCACCAUACAUGUGAGUCUGAAUCUCCCUCUCUACCCCUGGCUCCAUUUUCCCCUCGAUUCUUUGACAGCAGUGAGCUGCUGACAGCGAGGACGAAGCUGAGGAAGACGGCCUCGCUGGACUCGUCGCAGUGGAGGCGAGCGAGCUCCCCCAUGGACGAGGUGCUGGCCUCCCUCAAACGGGGCAGUUUCCACCUGAGGAAGGCCGAGCUGCGAGUCCUGGCCCCCGACCCGGACGACGACAGCAACAACAUCCUGGCUCAGAUCAGGCAGGGCGUCAGGCUGAAGAAGGUACGGACCCGGCCGGAGCAGCAGCGCCAUGCCAAGAGCUUCCCCCACUCUGCCGACGCUCUGACCCGCAGCAUCCACGAGGCUCUGAGGAGAAUCAAAGAGGCUUCGCCGGAGUCGGAGUCCGAGGACGAAGGCCUUCCAUGCACUGACUGGGAGAACUAGUUCGGCUUAUUGGACGAAUAUUUUUUUAACUUCAUCUUUUAUGGAUAUGUAGAGCCACAACGAAGAGAAAACAAUGGCUCAAAUCAAGCAGACACGCCUUGAUUAUUUUUUUUUUAUAUAUAUAUCAGAAAACCGCCCAGAAGUAUGUUUGCUUUUUUUUCAUACUUCUGUAUGUUGUUUGUAAAGAUGGACCACUAAUCUUUUU